GCCUCCGUUCCUUUCCUCCACGAUGGAAAAGCUCCACGCUCUCUCCCUCCUCUGCCUCCUGACCUCCUCGCUCCCCAAGACGUCGGGGCAGUUCCCCUGCCCCGAUCCCGAGGACAUUUCCCCCUGCACCUGCUCCUACGACGAGGGAAGGAUGGAGAUCACGGCGGAUUGUUCCGCGGCGACGCCGGACGAAAUCUUCUCCGCCUUCAACGACGCCACCUGGUUCUCGAAGCUCACGAAACUGAACGUGUGGAGUAACGAGGCGGUGACGGUGCUCCAGAAAGGCAUCUUCGGAGACAUCUCCUUCCAGUACAUGAACGUCUACGACGCCCCGAACCUGGUCGCCAUCCGCCCGUCGGCCCUGCUUCCCUCGAGGGACCGGCUCGUGGAUGCGUCGUUCGGGUUCGGCCGGCUCAGGGACUUCCCCUGGCACAUCCUC